UCUUUGCCGCCUGCAAAUCCCAAAACGCGGCCCUUUGUAGAAUACAUUUGCUGAUCCCUGAGCUAGAAAAUAGGGAGCAUAGUCUCCAGGGAAACAGAAAAUGACAAUGGAUGGAGCCGUUUUAUAGGGUGGAAGGGAUGGAGGAGAGGAACCCAAAGCGGGGGUACCUGUCUCAGAGGCCCCCAAAGCCAAACACCGAUUGCUCAGCCGGCUGGAGCCCGGCAGGACUGGGGGGCGUGGCCUCGGUUCCGCCCCGCCCCCGCCUCGCCUCACCACAAAGCGAUUGGUUGCGGCAGGGAUUACACCGGUGUAUCAUGGGAGCGGCCCGAACUACACUCUUAAAAAAUCCAAGGGGAGCGCGCAAAGCUGAGCUUGGCGCUUGAUGGGGACUUUUUGCCGCGCAGGAACCACAGGGGCGUUGCAGGACUACAGCGCAGUGCAUCUGGGGAGGCCGAUUCGACGGGACCGGGUGAGAGGACGGAGGUGGGCAGGGGCGGACGGCGAUGGCCCGACGGGCGACCAGGAGGCCGGAGAUCAUGGCGGGCAGGCGGGCCCAGCCAGGUUCAGCCCCAAUGCGUUGCUCCCCAUAGCCAGCCGGCCUCUCGUGCCCUUCCGCGGCACCGCUGUCCCCGAGAUGCUGAGCCCCCACCGUCUCCUCGCAGCCUCCUCAUGCCCGGCUGUGAGCUGCCCGUGGGCACCUGCCCGGACAUGUGUCCGGCAGCCGAGCGCGCCCAGCGCGAAAGGGAGCGCCGCCUGCACCGAUUGGAGGUGGCGCCGGGGUGUCGCCAGGACCCGCCGCGCGCCGACCCGCAGCGCGCGGUGAAGGAGUACAGCCGACCAGCCGCCGGCAAGCCCCGGCCCCCGCCCAGCCAGUUGCGUCCGCCCUCUGUGCUGCUGGCCACCGUGCGCUACCUGGCCGGUGAGGUGGCGGAGAGCGCAGACGCCGCCCGCGCAGAGGUGGCCAGCUUCGUGGUGGACCGCUUGCGAGCCGUGCGCCUGGACCUGGCCCUGCAGGACGCGGGCGACGCCGAGGCAGCAGUGGUGCUCGAGGCGGCGCUGGCCACGCUGCUGGCCGUGGUGGCGCGGCUCGGACCCGACGCGGCGCGGGGACCCGCGGACCCGGUGCUGCUGCAGGCCCAGGUGCAGGAGGGUUUUGGCUCGCUGCGGCGCUGCUACGCUCGGGGCGCCGGACCGCACCCCCGCCAGCCCGCCUUCCAGGGCCUCUUUCUGCUCUAUAACCUGGAGAUGGGGUCUCGCUUGUUGCCACUCGAGUUCCUGGGCUCAAGUGAUUCUCCAGCCCCACCUUCCCAAGUAUCUGGGUGCCUGCCAUUAUGCCCAGUUAAUGGUUUAUCUUUGUUCACACUGUGAAAAAGACAUAGUAAUUAUCCCUGGUCUAGUGGGGGAAGAAACCGAAGCCCAGGGUGGUGACUUGCCUCUUGACACAGCACUGGUUAACAGUAGCAGAGGUAGGACCAUGAUUUUCUUUUAA